UUAUAUUCUCAUCGAUUAGCUGACAAAAUCAUGUUCUGUGGCGUCCCAGUUUUUUCCGUUUGCAUUGCACUCAAUGUGAUGAUUCUUUGUCAUGCGGAGACGCUGAAUUUGUUUGGCAACUUGGAGGCUAUUUAUGAACAGGCAGAAAAUGCACUCUCCACUUUACGAGAGGCACUUUUGGAAUUUGAAGCAAAUGGAACUCUGAGCACAUCCCCUGAUGAGAUUUAUCCCACUUCCUGCCUGACUUCUGGAGGUCUCGAGAAUGGCUUGCGAACCCUGAAAGUUCCAGGCUUGAGUCCUUUUCAGGUGUACUGUGAAAAUCAGAUAGCCGGACCCGGCUGGAUCGUGGUUCAAAAGAGGUUCAGUGGAAACCUAAGCUUCUUUCGCAAUUGGAAGGAGUACAAGAUGGGAUUCGGGAAUCUGACGGACGAGUACUUCUUGGGCCUCGAGAAGAUUCGUGCCUUGACUGCCCUGGAGCCGCAUGAGUUGUAUAUACACCUGGAGGACUUUGAUGAUACCAUUAAGCAUGCGAGAUUCGAUGAGUUCGCCAUUGGAAACGAAGAUGACGACUAUGCAAUGUACGCACUGGGAAAAUAUUCAGGCACUGCGGGAGAUUCCCUUCGCUCUCACCGGAAAAUGAAGUUUUCCACAUAUGACAGGGAUAACGAUCGCGAGUUUAACAAGAACUGUGCCUUUUACUAUCUGGGAGGAUGGUGGUACAGCGCCUGUCUGGACAGCAACCUUAAUGGUCAGUAUAUGCCGGGUGGAAAGUACGAGGAGAGCUUGUUCGCCAGAGGAAUGUGCUGGCGAUCUUGGCGUGGCCACAACUACGGUUACAGGGUAACCCAAAUGAUGAUACGCCCCAAGUGCCGAAAGAUACCACUGAUUCAUCAGUGAAUUUUGACAAGGCGGUUUCACGAAUAUUAUUGUUAUUAUUAUUUGCUGUUCACUCCCUUUUGGUUAAAUGGCUUCCAGAACGUGAAAACAAUUUGUUAUGUACUUGAUUAAUAUGCAAAGGUUGUUCCAUUGAAUCAUCGCAUUUUUGCCGAGCACGUUAAUCAGAAUCUCAAUCAGAACUGCGAAAUAUACUGAAAUUCUCAUGUUUA